GUUAGAUUGUGUUAUUCCUGCAGCUUCCAAGUACAUUCACUGGUUCCUUCUCUGUGGGCGAGUGUCGGUAUUUGACGCAUUUAAUAUAUAAAGCCACCUCUCUGGACUGGGUUUCACUCAUCAUUAUUCCCAAGUGCAUCAACCCAUUUUCUGUUCAAGUUGGAUCCGUGGAGAAUGGAGUGUCCAAGAAUGGGCCAAUGGUUAAGCCUUCUAUUAUGUUUACUGCUAUUACUAAAGGCAGAAGGAGUUGCUGUUCCAAUCACUUUUGUUCAAAGUGCGGUCGCGAAAGGAGCUGUUUGUUUAGAUGGGAGUCCACCAGCUUACCAUUUUCAUAAGGGAUUUGGAGCAGGAAUUAACAACUGGAUUGUUCACUUUGAGGGAGGAGCAUGGUGCAACAAUGUCACUACUUGCCUAGCUCGUAGGGACACUCGUUUAGGUUCAUCUAAGAAAAUGUCGCAGACCCUUUCCUUUUCUGGGUUUUUCAGUAAUGGGCAAAAGUUUAAUCCAGAUUUCUACAAUUGGAACAGAAUCAAGGUUAGGUAUUGUGAUGGGUCAUCAUUUACUGGUGAUGUUGAAGCUGUUGAUCCAAAAACCAAUUUGCACUUCAGAGGAGGAAGGAUUUUUGUUGCUGUCGUUGAGGAUUUACUAGCAAAUGGAAUGAAAAAUGCUCAAAAUGCAAUUCUCUCUGGAUGUUCCGCUGGAGGAUUGACCUCUAUUUUACAGUGCGAUCGCUUCAGAUCUCUUAUUCCUGCAGCAGCCAAAGUGAAAUGCCUUUCAGAUGCUGGUUAUUUUAUUAAUCUAAAGGAUGUGUCUGGAGCCGCACACAUAGAACAGCUUUAUAGUCAAGUUGUUGAAACCCAUGGCUCUGCAAAGAAUUUGCCUGCAUCCUGCACCUCAAGACUCAGACCGGGGCUGUGCUUUUUUCCCCAAAAUGUGGCAGGGCAAAUCAAAACACCAAUCUUCUUUGUCAAUGCAGCGUAUGACUCAUAUCAGGUUAAGAACAUUUUGGCUCCAGGUGUUGCUGAUCCCCAUGGCACUUGGCGUGACUGCAAGCUUGAUAUAAAAAAGUGCUCUUCUAAUCAAUUAACUGUAAUGCAAGGUUUCAGGACAGAAUUCUUAAAGGCUAUAAGUGUGGUUGAGAACUCUCCAUCUAAAGGAAUGUUCAUAGACGGUUGCUAUUCCCAUUGCCAAACUGGAAUGCAGGAGACAUGGAUGAGAAGUGACUCUCCAGUGCUGGCCAAUACAACAAUUGCAAAGGCAGUGGGAGAUUGGUUUUAUGAACGAAGGUCUUUCAGUCAGAUAGAUUGCUCUUACCCUUGCAACCCUACUUGUCACAACCGUGUUUUUGAUGAUAAUUAAACGGCCUUCCUGGAGUAUUAUAUAGAUUCAAUUAAACAUGUAUCAUGCUACAAACUAUACUUAUUGGUUAACUUGUUAUUCACUGAUAAAAUAUGAUUUGUAAUUUUAAAGCUUUAAAAAUAAAGAAAAAAGCAGGCACCCUCCAUUGAUGUUUCAA